AUGGCUGCUACAAAGACACUUGCGUCCCUCGUCAGUCAGCAACAAACCAUUUCAAAGAAAGAGACGAACAAAGAGGCUGAGGCAUGGUAUGCGAAUGCUGUGUUCGUAGUCGUCAUGCACAUUGUGGCCGCAUAUGCUAUGAUAGCGCACACGCCCGCAGCGAAAACUAUUUGGUUGUCUGCGAUCUUGUUUCAAUUGGGUACUUUCGGUAUAACUGUAGGAUACCAUCGUCUGUGGAGUCAUCGAGCAUUUACAGCUCGCAUACCACUUCGUUUCGCGCUUGGAAUUUGGGGCACUCUUGCUUUCCAAGGCUCUAUAAAGUGGUGGGUGCUUAGGCACAGGUUACAUCACAGGUUCACCGACACUGAUCACGAUCCUUACUCUGCUGCCAAAGGAUUUUGGUUUUCUCACAUGGGUUGGAUUUUCUCGAAACCUUAUUACCCAAGAAUGAAGUUGGUCGAUGCUUCAGAUUUAAAUGAAGAUCCAG